AUGCCCAAGGAGUAUGCUGGUGAAUCAUUGGGGACAGCAGUGGAAUGGGCUGCAAGUGCACCACAUAUCACAGCCCAAAAUGUUAAUGCCAUGCAGAAGAUUGUCAAGCUAAUAUCUGUGCCAACACUGGGGUUGUGUGAUGGUGAAAGCACUGCCAAGCUUGACCCUGACCUGAAAAUGCCCUUGGAGAAUUUUUUGAUGAGUCUUGCAACAGUAACAGUCAAAAAGACCAUGUGCUUGCAGGAGCCCACUGCAGACCUGACCCAUACAGCUCCAUUCCCCAUGACCCAAGAACUUCUUGGGACUGCUGGCUUUGGGUCAGAUUUCCAAAGCCUGCAAUAUCUGAAUCCCCUUGAGGCUCAAGAAUUCUGGUUGGAGCAGCAGCAUGCCCCAGACAAGAUGGCUAGGCAUGUGAGGAAGUUUGCAAAGAAGAAGCCAUCUUGCAUCCUCCCCCAACCUGAUGAUGGAUCUGACAGUGAGGGCCCAAGUACAUCAACAGCACAAAGGCAGCAAUUGCUGGCCCCCCCCCCCAGUGCAUCACAUCAUGCAUUGAAUUUGCAUGAUGAAUCUUCUGCCCACAGUGGGCCAUCUGGUUCAGAUAAAUGGCUGACUCCUGAUGAUGGCUUUGACACUGAUACACACCACAAGAAGCAAGCAAGGACAUCAGGAGCUCCAGAUGGUGGAUAUGACCUGCUAGUGAAUGUGACAGCUGCAGAUAAGCUGCAGCAGAUUACCCACACACCUGAGCAGUGGGCAACUGUCAUCAAAGCCCUCAGUGCUACUUCAAAGUCCAAUGUGCCAGUUGAUCUGAAGGAAUCCACCUUGGAGGCACUCUUAUUUACAAUCCAUCACUCUAUUAGGGCUAAUCCCACAGAUUUGGCCAUUCUCUUGGAUUGGGCAAAGGCCCUUCAACACUUCCCCACUGAUCAUGACAUCUAUAUGUGGAUCAAGGGAACCUGGGCCAAUCAUCCUGUUGUCUGGAAGGUGGUUGAGGGUCCAUUGCAACAGUGGGCUGAUGAUGUGAUGAGUAACUUGCACAGAAUGGAUGAGGAUUGA